AUCUGAUAUGAUGUUUGAAUAUAAAAGUCAAAUUUGAAUUAAACCUAAAUUCUCAUAAUAAUUGAUCAGUUUGUUACAUCGGUUAUAAUGUUUGUCAUAAUUAUUAAAAGGAAUUUAUUUCCAUAAAUCAAUUUCAAUUGUGUGGUCGGAGUCAGUGACUCAAGAAUCGGUGUUAUUCACAUCAUAUUCUACAGACUUUGUAGAGUAGAGCACAAUAUAGAGUAGAGCCUACAGUAUUGGUUAUAACAGUGGCUGUCAUAGAGAUAUUCAACCGAUUAUGUCAUAAAUCAUAGAGAAUUGCAAUUAUGGUGUUUCUGUUGAGUGAAACCGAAAAAUUAUUAAUAAUAAUAAUCGCUUCCUCUUUGUUUGUAUUGAGUCUCAUAAUAACCAUUUGCUUCGUAUCACCCGUUUGUUGGCUUCAUAAGUGGUUUAUUGGAUCCAAUUCUAAGAAGAAAGAGGACAUGAAAAUCUGUUACUCAACGAAACAACUUCUAACACAAGAGUCAAAGCACUUCCAGCUGUCAGUCAUACCACACUAUGGGGCCAACAGUGAAAUUGGAUCAAAGCAUAAAUCCAAACUCAAUGAUGAAGUUUCUGUAGUUGUCGAUCAAAAUAAGGCUAAAAAGCAAUCGAUUGCUUCCGAUUGCUCCGACAAACAGAGCACAGGAAUCGUUAAACUGGAGGUUCGAUACGAAACCGUUUCCAACACCAGUAUUCGGCUCCUCAUUAACAUCAUAGAAGUCUCUCAACUCCGCCAAAGAGACUAUUUGGUCGACCCUUCCUGUUAUGUAUCCAUCAUUUUAAUCGGUUUGAAGAACAGACGCCGCAGUCUUAUCAAUAAAGCUAAGCGAUGCCUUAACCCAGUGUUCAAUGAGUUGUUUGUCAGUCAAGACUUACCAAAGAGUAUCUUAAAGGAUGGGGUGAUCCGAGUAAAGGUAUUCGACGACGAGAGGUAUGCCAACGAUCUCUGUUUGGGAGAAGCAGUCGUCCCCUUAAAGAAAGUCGAGAACACGACUGAGAAUUCAGUCAAAGAAUUCACUCUUUCUUCAGUAAAAGAGCCCAAGGGAGACCUAUUGAUUGGGAUCGUGUACUUACCCACAUCCAAAAGAGUGACCGUUUCUGUAAUGAAGGCAUCACUCAGUCAUGCCUUACACAUGCAGACAACAACCACUAUUUGUUAUUACGUUCGCGUUUUGCUGUUCAUCAAUGGAAAGUUGGUUAAGAAGAAAAAGACGUGCUCCAAUCAGAAGAUGGUUUGGGGCGACAAUGAGAUCCUCACCUUUGACCUGAUGUCGUUUGAGGGCAAUCAGUCGGCCUUUAUGUUUGUAUUGUCUUUCAAACCAGAGAGCUCUCAAUCGCCGUCAUCGCCUGAAACACCGGUAGCUGUGGAGGGAGAGGACUCCCGAAAAGAGAGACACAUCGGACACUUCAUUGUGGGUCAGGACUUGUGGACUCAAAUGAAACAACAGCCCAGACAGCAGAUCACUAAAUGGCAUAAACUCUACUAAACACUCAUUAUUUUCACACAAUAUUCCAACGGAUGUCUUAAGAAUUGGCCAAACAUUCAAACAUUAAAUUGUAAUUAAGCUGUGAUUUAAAUCUCUUUAAAGAAUAUUUAAGAAUAUUAAAUAUUUAAGAAAAGUCC